CACAUAUAUGUUAGUUAUGGAGGUCUACUUACAUAUAUUAACUUGUUUUCAUGGUUCAAAACCUUGUAAUCGCUGCAAACGAGCCGAUCAAAAUAUCUCCUCACUGACGCUCUCGUCAGCCGCGCUGUUUCAGACCAAAACCACCCCCCCAGAACGUGGACUGUGUUGUGAUUGGCCAGCCAACGAGAGCUUUCCCACUUUCCUGUGAUUGGCCAGGUACCUGGAAGUGACGUGUUUAGAACGUCAGCUCUCAGAUACGCAGCUCUUUUUUUUUUUUUUUUUUUUUUAAACAACUUUAUUGAAAUACGGUUACAUUACAAAAGUGAAGAAAUAAACAUAUUACAUUAGUGAACAAACAGAGCAAAAACAGGAGAAAUAAAACUUUGCCAGGGUAGCUGAUGAGUUAUUAAAAAAAGAAAAGGAAGACCAAACAUUGACAGUCUUAAUUGCUUUUUUGUUAUUAGAGCCAGAAAUCAAAUAAAUCAGAUACGCAGCUCUCCCUCUGGCACGAUUGAUGCUCUGCUCGUCAUUAUCAAAACAUUGUUAAAUGGCUGUGUCACGACCCCGCGCCGUAAUCCCUUACACAUUUGACCCGGAGUCUGACCCAGAGACAGAAGAUACUGUCGCAAGUGAAACACCUCCACAACAAAGACUGCUGCAGGACGCCUCAGAAUGGUGCACUUGUGGGAACUGCAUGACGAUGCCCACAGAAGGGGAGAACGUCUGCUGUAGAGAAACACUUAUGGUUAUCCGAAGAAUGAAUGAACUUCCGGACACACCAACAUGCAUGAUCUACCAUCCAGGCCUGGAGCCUAACUGUUUGAACCCAUACACACUGCAGAACAUGAACAACAUCUACCGGGCAGACUAUGGGCCUUUGCGGGGAAGAACAAUACACGAUCGCUACCGGCAUUUAGCAUACCGCAGCUUUGUCAGCUGGUGCUGGGGAUAUUUGGGACGACGUGUACGAGUUGUCAUCCCGUCGUGUGUCGUGUGCCGGAAACGCCAGGAGUUUCCUGAUCUGGCUGGACAAUAUGUUGGCUUCCGCCCACCCCUUGACUGA